AGCAUCCUUGUAAUGCUGUGUAGGCAGGGGUUGCUCAAUAGAAUCACUCUUUUUACCCACAGAGGUGAAGUAUGGUGCUUUUUAUUUGAGAAAUGAUUAAUUAAUGCUCACUUAAUGCCUCACUUAAAAUCCUUAAUGCUUUGUUUUUGUUUCCAUCUUACAGAUUUCAUUGUGUUAUGUGAAUGUUGCUCACUGAGUAGGUGCAGAACAAAGUCCAUGUGCUAAUAUGAGGGAAAGCCCUGUCUAUAGGAUCCUCUUUGCAAGCUCAGUUCUUAACCUGACAGAACUGGCUGCCCUUCGGCCUGACCUUGGGAAAUUGAAAAAGAUUCUAUACUUCCAUGAGAACCAAUUGGUAUAUCCUGUCAAGAAAUAUCAGGAGAGGGAUUUUCAAUAUGGAUACAACCAAAUUCUUUCAUGCUUGGUGGCUGAUGUGGUGGUGUUCAACUCAGUUUUUAAUAUGGAGUCAUUUCUCACUUCUAUUGGAACAUUUAUGAAGCUGAUUCCUGAUCAUAGACCUAAGGAUCUGGAAAGUAUCAUCAGACAGUGCCAAGUUAUUUACUUUCCCAUUAGGUUUCCUGAUGUGAGCAGGUUAGUGUGUUUGACUCUGUUUUCAAUAUUGUGUUACAGAUUACUUCUCUAAUGUAGAGAAAUUGGUGUUCUUUUUGCCAGCUUUAACUUUUCACAAUAAGUUUGGUUGAGUAGAGAAUUGAGUUGUAUGUCUCCAUACAUGAUUUAUAAAGAUUUUAAAUAAUCAGGUAUCUAACUUAUUAC